AUGAGAAUUUACCACAUCACCAAUCACAGAAGGUCCAAGCUACCGGUCCACAUAUUGUAUUCUUCUACACCCAACGUUAGAAUUCUGUUUUGGAAGCCAAUUCUUUUUCAACCCUCUCACUUUUUGCAUCCUACUCUGCGUCGCUCAAGACUCUCCAAAGCUGAUUCGAGAAUGACCAUUCAGAAGACUACACAGUCACGGCGGAUGCCAAUGUUGGCAUUGCCCCUGCUGACAAUGUUGUCAGUUCCAACAUGCACUUACGCUUUUGUUCCACAAGCGCAAUCGAAUCGAUGUUUCGUUUGGGAUGGCUCGUCGUUGAGGGAUCAGAGUUGUCCAAUUACACACAACAUGCUGAGCCGUGGGGAGUAUUACAGUCUACGAAUCAGGAAAAGAGAUCGGCUUCGUCGAAGGAUCAAUAAGCAAGUUGGCAGUUUGUCGUUUCGUAGCAAAAAAGUGACGGCACUGUCGCUUCGAAAUGAAAACGACGACGAUGACGAUAACGACGGUGAAAAAUCCAACGGAUCAAAUCCAAUAGAGUCCAUCAAGACAUCUAUUGAUGGAGUCAAAUCUUCGAUAGAAGAAUUCAUUCAGAAACUAUUCGACAAGCUUCCUCCACCCGUAGCUGCCAUUUUGACCAGCCUUUGGACCAAGUGGUGUGAUUUUUUCCCAGCCUUCCGCAAUGGGCUCGUUGGAUUCUUCUUUGGCUGCUUUUUAACGCUGGGCGCCAUUUUGGUUCCUGUCUACUCCAGCGUGGAAACCUUGUCGGAACCUGUGACUCUGUUUGAAACCAUUUUGUCCGACCUCGACGCAGGAUACGUCGAUCCUGUCGAUACGAACAAAUUGUUUGAAACUGGGGUUUCUGCAAUGCUCAGAUCACUUGAUCCAUACACCGAAUUCGAGGCACGAGAAGAGGCACAACAACUGACCGAAGGUAUUCGUGGAUUGUACGGAGGUGUCGGUUUGGUCAUUGCUGGCGCGACGCCCAAGGAUAUUGUUCGAAUGCAAAAAGCCGCAUCGUCCCCAAGCUCAUUGCAGCAAUCUGGAAGUAAGCUACUGCCCAAAGAUGCGAUCGAAGACAGCAGGCAGCUGGAAGAUGGUGACAUGAGCACAAGCAGCAAAGCUUUGCAGGACGAUUUUGACGACGAGUACGACGACGACGACGACUUUAACUUUCAAAGCAGAAAAGACGAAAAGAGAGCUCUAUUGAAGGCCAGAGAACGUGGAAUUCGGGUAGUUUCUGCUUUUGAAGGUUACGCUUUUGAUUAUGGUUUACGAGUCGGUGACAAAUUGAGAGCUGUCGACGAUCUUGAAAUUACCGAAAAUACGUCCGUGGAAGACGUUCGCAACGUUCUGCGUGGUGAACCGGGCACUAUGGUCAGCAUCAAAUUCGACCGUGUAGGUGUUGAUGGGACGCAAGAAAUCGCCAUGCCACGACGAAUUGUCCAAUUGCGAGAUGUCAAGCUCGCUACAUUUGUUGGGGAUCCAAAAGACGGCAUUGGGUAUAUUUCGUUGUCUGGCUUUUCUGCCAAUGCAGGUAGCGAAGUGCGCCAGGCGAUUCUCGGAUUGGAACAGACCUAUGAAGAUAUGACCAAUGGAGAGCAAACCUUGAAGGGUCUCGUUUUGGACAUGAGAGGGAAUCCUGGUGGUUUGCUAACUUCUGCCGUUGAUGUUGCCUCACUUUUGGUACCAAAGAACAGUGACAUUGUCUCCGCAAGAGGGCGAGGAUUUCCUGGGGUCACUUAUCGAAGCCGAGUUGAUCCCAUAUUGGAGCCGACGACGAAACUUGCUGUCCUUGUUAACAGAGGCACUGCAAGUGCUGCUGAGAUUGUUUCUGGUGCCGUCCAAGAUCUAGACGUUGGUGUCAUUGUUGGCUCGGAUCGCACCUUUGGGAAAGGAUUGGUGCAAAAUGUUGAAGAUUUACCAUUUAAUACAGCCUUGAAGUUCACAGUUGCAAAGUAUUACACACCAAGUGGUCGUUGCAUCCAAGGCAUCAACUACAGCGAGGGUGGUGGACUCAAUGAGGGCGAAGGCAAGUUCCGGUCGUCGAAAGUGCAAGAACGGGACCGACAGGUCUUCUACACCAAGGCAGGACGAAUUGUUAAAGAUGGGGGAGGUGUGGAAGCUGAUUACAAGGUUCCAGCACCCAAGGCUUCGGCAUUGGAAGUAACGCUCUUACGGUCAGAAAUGUUUGGAGAGUUUGCUGCACAGUGGAGCAAAACCAACGAACUUACCAAUGACUUUCGGAUUUCGGACAAAACAUACAAAGAUUUCCAGGAUUUUGUGGAAAAGAAGAGGGUUUCUGGGGACAUCAAGUUGGACGGCAUAUAUUUGAACGCUUUGACAGAGUUGAAGCGUGUCUUGAAGGAGAGUGGAUACAAGGGAUCUGAGAAAGAAGUGGAAACACUUCAGGCUAGCAUUGUGAGAGAAAUCAAGAACGACUUUGAGAAAUACAAGGACGAUAUCAAGGAAGAUAUCACCAAUAGCAUUCUUGCAAGAUAUCUGCCAGAAAGUAUGAUUUUGCAACGUGGUCUAAAAACAGACAAGCAAGUCGGUGAGGCUGUGAAAUUGCUCAGCAACGACAAAUCAUUCAACAAUGUGCUUGCAAAGGGAGGUGCAAACGAUCGACUAGACGGUGAAAGACUCAAUCUGGCAUCUACGAAUGUCGAGGAAAACACAGAUGACAGGGGUUCUCUUCAAGUGAAGUGGUAA